CAACAAGGUUGUUGUCCAUUUGGCAGUUGUGGUUACAAUAUGUUUUGCAAGUGGGCCCCGGACGUGAACUCUGAAUUAGGAAUAGGUGCAGCACUCUGCGCAUCUCUUUCCUCUUCCUUCCUUCUUUGUACAACCAUAUUUCCUGACAGAACGCAGCAGCAAACGUCACUGGUUAAGCAUAUCGAUCUGUAUUAGAACGCGGAUAUGGAAUUGGAUUCAGAUAUCGCAGUUGAGAAGGCGUCGGGUUCAGUCUCUAUGGAGCCCGGUUCUCCCACCGCUAAGGAUGUCAAUGCAGUAGAUACCUUUUCAAGUGCGGAGUAUCGCAAGCUCAUCUGGAAACUCGAUAUGCGUCUUUUGCCCCCGCUCUUUGUGCUAUGGUUUAUCUCAUUAAUCGAUCGAGUCAACAUUGGUACAGCGAGAAUCCAAGGCCUUGAGAAGGAUCUUGGAAUGAAUCCUCUCAGCACACAAUUUAACAUUGCGACUGUCGUGGUAUUUGUCGGCCUCAUGCUCGCAGAGGUUCCAAGCAACUGGCUGGUUAAAAGGUUCUCGCCAACUAAUAUUCUCUGCGGUGAAUGUAUCAUCCUUGGGAUCUUUACCAUCGGCCAAGGUCUUGUCACCAACUUUGCUGGCCUCGUUGCCAUGCGCUUCAUAAUUGGAAUUCUAGAAGCUGGACUGAUCCCAGGGUCUAUCUUCUUGCUGUCAGCAUACUACCCAAGAUAUGAAUUGCAAUGGCGCGUGAGCAUGCUCCAUGUUGGCAACGCCAUCUCUAAUGCAUUCGGUGGUUUGUUGGCCUUCGCUGUGGCUAGCAUCAACUCCUCAAAUGGAUGGAGUGGGUGGAGAUGGAUAUUUGUAAUUGAGGGACUUAUCACAGUCGCCCUUACCCUCAUGUGCUGGCCAUUUAUGAACAACUGGCCAGCUACGGCGAAAUGGCUCAAACCAAGGGAGAAGGCUGUCUUAGAAGAACGUAUUCGAAUGGAUGGAAUAAUUGGCCGUAUGGACGUCUUUGACCGAAAGGCCAUCAUCCGAUGCCUCACGGACUGGAAGAUAUAUUUGAGUUCGUUUAUUAUCGUCGGCAUCAUUUCUAGCGUCUACUCAUGCACCUUGUUUGCCCCGACAAUUAUUAAGGCUCUCAAGCCAGAAUACACCCCAAAGCAGAUCCAAUCUUUGAUAAUUCCUAUCUUUAUCGCGGCGUCAGUCACUACUUUGGCCCUUGCUUACAUCUCGGACAAGCUAAAGCACCGAGCGGGUCUCGCACUGACUGGUUGUUUUAUUGCCAUUAUCGGAUAUAUUAUCCUCCUAAACCAAAGGCAUGUCUCGGUGAACGCACGGUAUGGAGCGUUGUAUCUAAUCGCCUCCGGCUCAUUUGCCGCUCUGCCUGGAGCUUGGAUUUUGCUUUUGAACAAUGUCUCUGGAUCCUACAAGACAGCCUUCGCCAUAGGUAUGGAAAUUGGACUGGGCAACGGCGGUGGAUUCAUUGCGGCGCUCUCUUUUCAGUCGAAGGCGGCUCCAUUCUACUGGACAGGCUUCAGGACCACCUUUUCGCUGAUGUGCAUGGCGGCUGGCUUCAUCUGUCUUUAUGUGGUUGGACUUUGGUACGAGAACAAGCAAAAGCGCGCUGGGAAGAGGGAUCACUUACUCAAUGAAGAGGGCGACAAUUUGGGAGAUGCCCAUCCUCAGUUUAUCUACACUUAUUAGAAUUACUGGCUAUGUAUAGCUAGUUUUGAUUAAUUACCUAUAUAAGCAAG